CCCGGGAAAAGGAUCGCAUUCGGCCUGGGGUACGACUCACGUCUCCACACCCCAUGUAAGCGAGAUGAUGGCUGCAGCCGAGACAUGACAGAUGCCCUGGCUUGUUGUGCCGUGGCUGUUUUUGAUCAAGAAGAUGCCCACGUGCAUCGAUGCUCUGCAGCUGCUGGUACGCUCCAAAGGUAUCUGAGCAUGUCGUAUACACAAUAAUGCACAACACAGUGAUGGGGAUGUAUAUGACUUUGCAUUUCUUUGCUUCCCCUGGAGCACGGCAUGCCUACAAAUUGGCGUCGCAUCCACCCCUGAGUGUCGUUGUCACUAAAUGAACGGUUUAUCGUUAAUAAAGUGGGAGUAUCAACAUGCACUCGACUCUCACUAGCUUAUCUAUAUUGGCAGUAGCCUCUUUAGCUGAUGCUGCUGCUAUUGAAGCCCGCUUACAGAGCUCAACUCCACUGACUCCCAGUCCCUCAGCUACCACAACCGGAGUUGAUUGGUUUCAGACCACGCCCGAGAGCUACCAGGGCACCACUGCAACCGGGGUUGCUCCCUUCUUAGCCGAGACAAAUCCUGCCCCGUUUGGACAAAAGACCUUGUCUCCCAAUGACCCGCUGGAAACGAGUGAGCCGAUCAAGGGGGCUGCUGGCCGCAAUAUAUUCCAAUACAUGGGAAACCUAAGCCCUUACCAUGUACCCGAUGGCUUCGGAGUAGAUGAAUAUCCUCUCCCGCAAGGCUCUAACAUCACCCAAAUGCAUAUGAUUCACCGCCAUGGUUCUCGAUAUCCUUCAUCCUCAGAAGGUCUGGCUUCAUGGGCCCAGAAGAUCAUCAACUCUACGGCUAGUGGUAACAAUUUCACGGGCGCACUUUCUUUCCUGAACAACUGGGACUACGGACUGGGUCUAGAGAUCCUCGUCCCCAAAGGCCGUCAGGAGCUCUAUGACAGCGGCGUCCUAAACUUCUACAACUACGGACACCUUUUUAAUUCCAGCUCGACCCAUAAGCUCGUAGCGCGCACCACGACCCAGGACCGCAUGCUAAAAUCCGCAGAGAACUUCCUUGCAGGCUUCUUUGGCCUUGAAUGGACAGAAAAAGCCAACCUCCUACCAAUGAUAGAAGGUGUUGGCUACAACAACUCCCUAAUUGGGACUUACUCCUGCACCCGCGCACUAGAGUACAUGGCCUACAAUGCCACCACACCGCUAUCCACAUGGAAAAACAUCUAUCUCAAAGAGCGCACCGAAGCACUCCACACACUGACUGGAUCCUACAACUGGACCACGACCGACAGCUACAACGCGCAGACCAUGUGCGCCUACGAGACCAUCAGUUACGGCUACAGCCACUUCUGUGAGCUUUUCACUUUCGAAGAAUUCGAAAACUUCAGCUACUCCUUCGAUAUCGAAUUCUCCAACAUGGUCGGGUUUGCCUGUCCCGCGGGCCGCGCGCAAGGAAUCGCCUGGGUAGAGGAAUUCCUCGCCCGUGUGGAGGGCCACUUACUUCAAACUACAGACACCAAUGCCAACAUGACCCUGGACACUAAUCCCGUGACGUUCCCAACGGAUCAGAAUCUCUACCUUGACUUCUCGCAUGAUGCGGGUAUAGUCGCUGUUCUCACUGCGUUUGGAUUCAGGCAGUUCGCCCAGUAUCUGCCUCCUACUGGACCUCCACUCUACCAGCAGUUCAAGGCUAGUAACAUUGUUCCCUUUGGUGGACGGACGAAUAUUGAGAUCAUUAAGGCGCCCCGUAAGGUUGCUGCUACACGUCCUGCGGGUGAUCAGAGAAAUGCUUAUGUGGAUGGCACUGGGGAAACGUUCUACGUUCACUUUUUGCAGAAUCAGCGCACGCUUCCUCUGCAUUCUAGCUUUGCGGAAUGUGAGUAUCGCGAUGAUGGCUGGUGCGAGCUGUCUACGUUCAUGAAUGUUCAGAAGAGGAGUUUGGAAAGGUCUCAGUUUGAGUUUGCUUGUUUUGGUAAUUGGACUGUGACUGAGUAUGGGACUGUUACUGAUGGUGUUCCGGUUUGACGCUGCAUUUCGAAUAAUGUAUCAUAUAGUGUGAUGCACUGAGGCUAGUGUGGUAUGGGUAUAUAGUAUCUGUUGAAAUAUGAGAGAUACGAGAUCUAAAAUAGCAGUUUUUGAUUUAUGUAAUAGCAUUGCAUCGCCGUGCACAAAUCAGUUCUCCGGGACCGGAUGGUCUGCCGCUUCAACGCCCGCAUGCCAGCGAUAUUUUGCAGCUGGAUGAUCAGCCGGCGGGCCGCUCUGCCCUUCCUUGCCGUAGAUGUUUUCGCGGUACGUUCCUUUCUUGACAGUGUAGUCAUCCCAGAAGAGGCCCCUCUUACGAAGCUCAGGGAUUAGCAAGUCGAUGAUGUCCUUGAAGGAGCCGGGUUUGAUAGCAUAUGC